GACAUUCAUUGGGCCGUACCAUUCUUGGACCUAAGGAAAAUAUUCUCUCGCUUAAACGAGAAGAUCUUGUCGACUAUAUUGCCAAGAAUUACACCGCUGACCGCAUGGUUUUGGUAGGAACCGGUGGAAUUGAACAUGACGAACUUGUUAAAUUGGCUGAAAAGCAUUUUUCCUCUCUCCCUGCAUCGUCAAAUGCCUUAUUCUCUCCAUAUGUCGAAAAGCCUCCGUUCACUGGUUCCGAAGUUCGAGUCAGAAAUGAUGAAUUACCACAGGCCCAUAUAGCCCUUGCUGUUGAAAGCGUUGGAUGGACAUCGCCCGAUUAUUAUACUAUGCUUGUUGCCCAAGCUGUAAUUGGUACAUGGGAUCGCUCUCUUGGUGCUGCCCCUCAUGCUUCGUCUCGUCUUUCUCAUAUCGUUUAUAAACACCAUCUCGCAAAUUCCUACCAUGCAUUCAAUACAAGCUAUAGUGAUACUGGAUUGUUUGGCAUUUAUCUUGUUUCUGAAAACAAAACACAACUAGACGACUUGGUACAUUUCGCCUGUAAAGAAUUAUGGAGGUUGCACACAUCAGUCACAGAGGCAGAAGUAGAACGUGCUAAGCAACAACUCAAAGCUUCGCUUUUGUUGAACCUCGAUGGUACAACGGCCAUCGCUGAAGAUAUAGGACGUCAAUUAAUAACAACAGGCAAGAGACACAGUCCGAAGGAAGUUGAAUCUAUUGUAUCCAAUAUCACGGCCAGUGAUGUUCGUCGUUGCGCGGGCGAAUACAUAUGGGAUAGAGAUGUCGCAGUAGUUGGUGUUGGGCCAGUUGAAUGCAUUCCUGACUAUAAUCGUGUACGUGGUGAUAUGGCUACAAACCGAUUCUAA